CACUUACUACUUCCGGGUCAAUCACAACACAACAACACAUGUCCAGAAACCGAGCCAAUGCAGGAGUGAUUGCGAACGCUGAAGAACAUAAUUUGAAUGAAUCCGUCCGUCCACGUACUGUUCUAAAGACUUGAUGCUGGCUGAAGCCACUCGUUUGACCGGGAAGUAGGGGAAGUUUGUCGUGAAACCAGUCGAUACCCUCCACCAUGAACUAUCCAGAUGCCAAGAGCGAAAUUCUGCGCGUGAUCUCGCAGGUGGAGCCUCGUGAGUUACCCAAGUUGAUCGACUGGAUGAAAAACUCAGGCGACUUGGAUGACUAUGUAAUUGACAAUCACAAAGUCAUACUUCAGAAUAUUGCAGAAGACCUCAAGACGUGUAUGCCAUUGGAAGCCAUGUUUUCCACAGAGACACUGGCCAUUCAGAGGACUCAACAGAACGUCAAGCCCACUGUUCAUGUUGACGCAUUCCUUUAUGACGAUGACGCUGUGGAUUCGCUUUGUGAGGAAGGGAAGAUGAGUAGAAACUAUUGCCUCAGCUGUGGAUCCCAGAGGACAGCCCCCUUGGAGUUCAUAUCCCACUCCUUCUCUAUUCUGGAUCUCCAAUUCCUCUUCCAGCAUGUUCUACCCGACCUCAGUGGGAAACUUGUGGUGGAUGUGGGCUCAAGACUUGGUGCCGUACUUUACGGGGGGUACAUGUACAGCUCAGCUUCGAAACUAGUGGGAGUGGAGAUGACCGCUGAGUUUGUUCAGCUUCAGGCAAUGGCAGUGGAAAAGUAUGGAUUCGGGGACCGCAUUCAGGUUAUUCAUGCAGACAUAUGCUCUCAAGUGGCCCUCCUUCAGGAAGCUGAUGUGCUCAUCAUGAACAACGUGUUUGAAUACUUUUUGGACCCUGGUGGACAAAUGAUAGCAUGGCAAUGUAUUUGUCAGAAUUUUCGCAAGAAAAAUAGCCUGUUAGUGACUGUCCCAAGUAUUCAUGAAUCUCUAACUACACUCAAAGGAGACAAUGGUGUGGUUGAUAUCAGACAUUGGAUUGUGGAGGAACCUGUCAAUUAUGAUGCUUAUGCUGGUGGAGACUGUGAUGCAGACACAUUGAAACAAAUCCACUUGUAUAGGGUGCUUUGACAUACAGUAUGUUCUGUUGAUAUACUUUUGACUUUUCACACACACAUAUCCGUCCGUGCGCGCGUGCACACACACACACACACACACACACACACGCAUGCUAUUGCCAGUAUGUGUGUGAAUGUGACAUACUGCACACUCACAUCUGUGAUCAUGGCUUUAAAUAAUGUUGUAAAUACCCAGUGCUCUAAAUAAAUGUUUAAUAAUCUUUUCAUUCAA